AUGGCUGAUUUGUUGCACAAGGAGAUCCAAGCAAUGUCACUUGAAGAGGAGGAACCUCUGACACUCCCCGAUAGCCCAAGGUUUAGGGUUGUGGACGAGAAUCAGAUAAGUCUUUUGGGACGCUUAUUGAAUCCAGAUUGUCAAUCAAUGUCAAGAAUGAUUGAGUAUAUGCCAACAGCAUGGCGAGUUUAUGACAGGGUUCGUGGGAUUGCCUUAUCCCGAGAUAGGUUCCAGUUUGUUUUCCAGCGGGAAGAGGAUCUUCAAACGGUCUUGAAUGAUAGGCCCUGGUCUUACAACCAUUGGGCCAUGGCGCUGGAGCGAUGGACAUCCAAUCCUCCUCAGGAUUUUCUGCAGUCAAUUGAUGUGUGGAUUCGGAUCCGCAACAUUCCUGCUAUCUUUUUCACAGCGGAGACGAUGUUCAAACUGGCUUCAGAAGUUGGUGUGGUGGAAGAUAUAGCAUAUGAUCCUAAGGUAUCUCAUACCAAGGACUAUAUUCGUGCUCUGGUGCAUUUCAAUACUAAUAAACCAGCUAAAGCUUUCCGCAAACUCAAUGUUCCGAAAGGAGGUACGGUGGCUAUAGAGUUUGAAUAUGAGAAAAUACACAAGAGGUGUUUUCAUUGCCUGCGUCUCACUCAUGAAAAGGUGAGAUGCCCUUUGUUGAGGAAAGGAGGUAGCAGUGGUAACAAGGCUUCUGUUGGCCCUAGAGUGCAAUCUGGUGGUCCGGUUAUCACAGAACCGUUAGAUGGUCCUCCUGGUUUCCCUGUUCUGUUUCCGAAACUAUCAAGAGAAGACCGUAAGAUGGCGAUGCUGUACAUCUCUCACGCUGAUGAAACUGAGCGUCGAGCUCGUAUUGAAAGGGUGAAGCAAGGCAUUGAAGAUAACAAAGUAGCGUCCUCUGUUCAUCUUACUCGUAUUACGAAGGAGUUAGAUAAAGGGAAGGGACAUGUGUUCUCAUACACUGAGCUCUUGGAAUCACAACAUUGUGGUGCUACUCAUCAGAUUACUGCGGCACCCGCUCAACAUCCUGGAGAAAAGAGUGAUGAUGACACUGAAUCCUCAGGAUCAAAAUUCUCAGCCUGUUCAGCUCCACUGAUUCCAUUGGGCUCGGGUUUUCAGCUUGGCCCUUCUUCGGAAGGGCGAGUCCUUGGGAAUGUUGGUUCAAACAGAUCAGAAUUCAACCGCGAAGAGGAAGGCAGUCGCUUCGAUAAACAACACAGAAACCAAAAACAAGAAAAUCUCAAACUCAACGGUGGCUUCCGUAUUGAAGCCGCUGCUUCCCCAAUGAGCAUUCUCUCUUGGAAUUGUCAAGGAGCAGGAGGCUCUGAGACAAUUCCCUAUCUCCGGACCCUUCGUAGGAAGCAUUAUCCGGAAUUUGUGUUCUUGAUGGAGACUAAACAAAAGUCUGAGUUUAUUUUUGGAGUGAAGAAACAACUGGGUUAUGAUCAUGUUUUUACGGUUGAGCCAGAAGGUUUAAGUGGAGGAUUGGCUUUAAUGUGGAAGGAUACGUAUCAAGUUACUAUAUUUUCAAGUGAUAAGAGGAUCAUUGAUCUCAAGUGGCUGCAAAAACGUCAUGAAGUGUGGAAUCGUUUGGAGAGUUUGGGAUUGAGUAGAGACGAUGUGUGGGUUCUGGUUGGGGAUUUCAACGAGCUGCUUUCCAACGAUGAAAAAAGUGGUGGUGCAGUACGUAAUGAAUCAACUUUCUGGAACUUCAGAAAUAUAGUUCAGAACUGCAAAUUGAGAGAGUUACGACACUCAGGGAAUUGUCUUUCUUGGGUUGGUUGGCGGGAACAAGGCUGGGUGCAAUGUAAGCUUGAUAGGUGUUUUGUCAACAGUGAAUGGCUGGCUCUGUUUCCUCGGGCAAAUUUGGAAUACCUUGACCUCUGGGCAUCAGAUCAUCGUCCCAUUAGGGUCUGCUUCUCACUGGAGAGGGAUAACCCAAUGAAGAGGAGGUUUUUCUUUGACAAACGCAUGCUGUCUAGGGAGGGUUUUGAGGAUUUGGUUCGUAUGAGCUGGGAAGGUGAUACUGGUACGCGUUGCUGUACUAUGGACCGGAUUCAUCGUUGCCGUAGAAAGAUUAUGGAUUGGAAAGGAAAGUCAGAUAUGAAUUCCAGAGAUCGUAUUACUCGUUUGCGUGCCUCUUUGAAAGCAGAGGUAUCAAAAACUUCUCCGUCUUAUGACACUAUGCAUCGUCUUAAACAGGAGCUUGCAAAAGCUCUGCGAGAAGAGGAAUUGUUUUGGAGACAGAAGUGUAGAGAAGAAUGGCUUCGGUCAGGAGAUCGGAACACUAAGUAUUUUCACAACUGUGUGAAGGGGAGAAGAAUCCAAAAUCGUAUCUUGAUGUUUCUUGAUGACAUUGGCCAGGAGCAUUUCUCUGAGGGUGCAAAAGGGAAUUUGGCUGUGGAAUUUUUCAGAGAUUUGUUUACUAGCUCUAACCCCUGCGACCUGGAGUCUCUGUUCCAAGGUUUCCAGCAGAGGGUCACAGAGAACAUGAAUCAACAUCUUACACGCCCUGUGACCGCAGAGGAGAUAAAGAAAGCGGCGUUUGAUGUUAAAGGGAGUAGUGCACCGGGUGAGGAUGGUCUGACAGGAGUUUUCUAUCAGAGAUUCUGGCAUAUUGUUGGUCCCGGUCUGACUGCUGAGAUUCAAGAGUUCUUCCGGUCUUCAAUUAUGCCUGAGGGAUGGAAUCACACACAGAUCAGUUUGCUUCCAAAGAUUGUGAAUCCCUCUCUCAUGAAAGAUAUGAGGCCGAUUAGCUUGUGUUCGGUCCAGUACAAAAUUAUAUCGAAGAUCCUGUGUAAUCGGUUGAAGAUAAUACUCCCUGAGAUCAUUGCGGAAACACAAGGCGCGUUUGUGUCUGGACGAAUUAUUUCAGAUAAUAUUAUCAUCGCUCAUGAGAUGAUCCAUGGUCUGCGUACUAGUACAAAAGUGGCAGAGGGUUGGAUGGCAAUUAAAACCGACCUGUCAAAAGCAUAUGAUCGUGUUGAAUGGAGCUUCCUUGAGGUCUUACUGGAGCGGAUGGGUUUUGAUCGAGUUUGGGUGCGAUGGAUUAUGGCGUGCGUAAGCUCAGUAUCCUUCUCGGUGUUAUUAAAUGGAAACUCUCAUGGACAUAUUAAACCGGAAAGAGGAAUUAGACAAGGUGAUCCUCUCUCUCCUUUCCUGUUCAUACUGUGCGCAGAAGCUCUAGUCAGUUGUCUUAAUUCUUCUGAGGCGGCUGGGCGUCUUCACGGAAUCAAACUAACUAGUUCGGGGCCUUCAAUCCAUCAUUUGUUGUUUGCUGAUGAUAGCUUACUACUGUGUAAAGCUAACCCGGAGGAAGCCAAUGAGAUUCUAGCCUGCAUCAAGUUGUAUGGAGAUGCGUCGGGCCAACAAGUGACUCAUCUUAAAUCGUCAGUUAUUUUUGGCUCUCUUGUACCGGAAGUUACCAAAACAGAGGUUAAAAUGGUUUUGGGAAUUGAAAAUGAAGGUGGAGAAGGUUCGUAUCUUGGUCUCCCAGAAUGUUUCAGCGGUUCGAAGAGGAAACUGCUGAGCUUUAUUCGAGAAAAGCUCCAUCGUCGACUUCAAGGCUGGUUCGCAAAGGCUUUGUCGCAGGGGGGUAAGGAAAUCAUGUUGAAAUCUGUUGGUAUGGCGCUUCCCGUGUUUGCAAUGUCUUGUUUCAAACUCCCAAAAGAUGUUUGUGAAAAACUCACAAGUGCAAUGAUUGAGUUCUGGUGGAGUAGUGGAAACAAUAAAAAGAAAAUUUCUUGGGUUGCUUGGAAGAAGCUUUGCACAGAGAAAGAACUUGGCGGGCUGGGUUUCAAAGAUAUUGAGAGAUUUAAUCAGUCUAUUUUGGCAAAGCAGGCUUGGAGGAUAUGGUCUUCUCCGAAUUCCUUACUGGCUCGUCUUCUAAAGCAUAGGUACUUCAAUCGUUCAGAAUUUUUAGACUGUGGGAUUGGGGCUCGUCCUUCGUACGCUUGGCGGAGCAUUAUGCAUGGAAGGGAACUGCUGAAAGAGAGUCUUUUCAGUAAGAUUGGAAAUGGAAGAAACACCAAAGUGUGGUUGGAUAAUUGGCUCCUUGAUUCAGUCUCUCGACCUCCUCGUUAUCGUCAAGAUGCGAUCGUUGAUCUGACACUAACAGUAAAUGAUUUAUUGGACCAGCAAACCGGCUCUUGGAAUGUUGACAUGGUGUGUCAAUUGAUAGCAGAGGAAGACAUAAACUUGGUUCAGAAAAUAAGACCAGUGCUAUCUAGAGCGGACGUGAUUGUGUGGGGUUUUUCAAAAAAUGGUUGCUAUGAUUACAAGAGUGGUUACAAACUCCUGGACACUAUCAUCAGGACCAGGUCAGAGGUUCAGGUAUCUAUCCCUCCAAUUGAGAAGCAGUUGUGGUCUAAGCUCUGGAAAACUAAAAUGUCACCUAAACUUCGUCAUUUUCUUUGGCGUGUGAUGUCUGGAGCCUUAGCAGUUAAAGCUCAGCUUCAAACUAGAGGAAUCAUGGUCAAUACCACAUGCCCUGUCUGCCAUCAAGGUCCGGAAACAAUUUGUCACAUGCUUUUCCACUGUCAGACAUCGAAAGAUGUUUGGAAGGCAUCGCGUUUCCCUUUGCCCACUGCAGGAUGGUCUCGUGACUCUGGUUUCUUGAACAUGUAUCAUCUGAUUUCUCACAGUCAUAAGCAGCAUGUUGGCGCUUCAGUUCGUCUGUCAUUCCCUUGGAUUCUCUGGCAGAUUUGGAAAGCGAGAAAUAGGUUGUGCUUUGAACAAGUACAGCCUGUAGCAAGUGAUAUUGUGACUAAAGCUAAGGAGGAAACUGUCGUGUGGCUGAACCUACAUGGUUGUCUCCCUGACAGUCCCAUCGUCUCUAUCCCUGCUACAGUUGAAGUGCCUGUUUGGUCAACACCUCCAGCCCACGCCCUGAAAUGUAACAUUGGUGCUACGUGGUCUGAAUCAUCUCAUGUCAGUGGGGUAGGUUGGAUCAUUAGAGAUUCUGUCGGGAAAGUGCUGUCCCAUAGCAGAAGCGCUUUUAGUGGAGUGGCUUCGAGUACACAUGCUGACCUUUUGGCAUUAUCCUGGGCCUCAGCUGCGGUUAUUGACCUGAAACUGAAGAACAUAAUGUUUGAGUUUUCUUCCGUUAAAGCUGCAGGUGCGCUUAAUAACCCACUGGAGCAUCCCCUUUCUUAUCAUCUAUGUCAUGAAGUAAUAAAUAACGUUUACUCACUGACUAAGAGCGGAUUGUUCCUAGUUCCUGAAUCAUGUAAUGUCGCAGCCUCUGCAAUAGCGACGAGCGUCACAAAGGACCAACGUCUGCAAUCAUAUAUUGCAUUUGGUGGCCCUCAUUGGUUGUCUGCUGUGCUGCUGCAGGAGGCAAAUUAA